CACUUUCGGUUUGGAGCAAGUGCCCGCCCAUUAUAACAAACUUAAAUUUCAGCUUGUGAAUGAUUUACGUCUGACAGAUAAUGGGAAUAACAUUCAAAUCUGAUUAAUAUAUAUGUCAAAGAUCAUUAUUCUAGAACACAGAUCAUAACACAGAAAGUGGAUAAGUCAGGGAAUGAAGAAUUAUUGCGAAACAAUAAACAUUCAUGCAGAAUAUAACUGAAAAAGAUGUCCACAACUGUAGAGAGUUUAUUUGUUAUAUUUUUACUGGUUUUCUUUGAAAUAAGUCUUUCAUUACAACUACCAACUUUACAAAGGAAAUUAUUAAAAGAUGGAUUCCACAGGGACAUACAGACCAUAGUUGAAAUUCCUUUGUCUUUAUUUACUCAAAGAGAGGGUAUGAAGUGUCGUUGUCUGUAUAAAGAGUUCCUUCCUAGCAGUUCUUAUGUUGAUACAUUCCAGCUCAAAUCUGUCAGUAAACAUCUGGGUUUUGAUUAUGUAUCACCAACAUUAGAUAUAGAGAAGCCAGAAUACCAGGAAAAUACCUUUAGUAUCUUCAGCAUACUUAUCUAUACUGAUUUACAUGUUAAUUCUGAUAGAGUUAUUAGUAAUGUAACAUUUCCAAUACAUCUAAGAUACCAUUUACCUGCUACAGAUUAUAGAAAUUUUAGUAUAAUGAAUCCUGGAGUGUUGAUACAAUGCAAUAAUGCAGAUUAUAUUGGAGAAAUCAUGAGGACAGAACAAAUACCAUGCACACCUAAAGAAGAUAUUCUUUGUGAAUGGAAUGUCAUUAAAUAUAAGUCAGAUGUAAAUGAUAUACGAGUGGAGGUACCAGUAGGAAAUACAAACCAUACAGUAUUAGUUGUCAUAGGAACAUUAACUGUUACAUUUGGCAGCUGUUUAUGGAUUGUUUACAAAGUUUUGAAUACUAAAAUUAAACAGUCAUAAUCAUC